UCGCUAGAGGGAGCGCGAGCGACUUCAUCCGGAACGCCUUGAUGACGUCACUCUCCUCUGCGACAAAGCGCUGCGCUCGAAACCAUUCACGAAAUAAACUGACAUGAUGUUUUGAGCGUGUUAGAAAACGCAAAGCAAGGUGAACAUGGACGUGAGCCAUUCCAUUCGUGAACGCACCAUCGCCGAGAACAGUCUGGUGAUUCUUCUUCAGGGUCUGCAUGGCCAGGUGACCACCGUUGACCUGCGAGACGAGAGCACGGCGAGGGGACUCGUGAUUAACGUGGACGCUUUCAUGAAUAUCCGGCUGGAGAAGGUUCUGUACAGGGACAGACGUGGACGUGUGUCCAGUAUGGACGACUUGUUCAUCACGGGGCGAAACGUGCGUUAUGUCCACAUUCCAGACCACAUGAACAUUAUAGAGACAAUAGAGACCCAGCUCGCCAAAAUACACCGCGUGCGAAACUUUGGAGCAAGCGGUGGACGCAAAGAAUACUCUAAGAAAAAAUAGUUUUUAUGAGAAACUCAUGUUUGUCUUGCAAAUAUAUGGUUUUGUAAUGGGCAGUAUUAGUUUUCAUUAAGUCAUGCAAUCAUGGAGCAAAAUGUAAUGCAUAGUUUACUUUGAAAAUGUUGUUAGUUGGUGACUGAAAGAGUUCUGAAUGUCAUCUCUAGGAAAAGUGUGGGAAAAGUUAAUUCUGUUUAGUGUGCACAACUCUGGUGGUUUGAAAAAGAAGUAAACAGUGAAAUAACCAUUGAUCAAUGUGUUCCUUAAGUUGACAUUGUGUUUGUUUAAACGACACAUCUUUUUUACUAUUAAUAUUUGCUCUGUCACUUAAUUGCAAUGUCAAUAUCUCUCAACCGCAAUUAUAUCUAAAUCACAUUAAUUAUGUUUAUAUGCAAAUAUUGGUACGUUACAGCCUUUAUUUGUGCAAUUCAAAACAUUGUUUUCAGUUUAAUGACUGUUAAUGUUUCUUAUUGCUGAGGUUUCAUAAGAUUUCUGUAAGAGAAAUUCAUCCAUCCAUGUUGUCCUCUCACAUAAAAAUCUACCAACAUAUUUGUUUAGAACAAUUUUUGA